GCCUGGCCUGCCUCACUCCUCUCACAACAGAGUACGCAAAAGGAGGAGCAGUUCCGAAGAGAGAGACUGAAGCCUUUACUAAAGAAGAGAAAGAAGGAUACUUGGCCAAGAAGAUGGCUGAGAGCUCCGCAAGUAGCAAAUGGGUCUUCCUUUUUAUGCUCAUCUUUGCUCAUUUGGCUACUCUAUCACUAGCUGAAGAUGGGCUGGUGGCGAAUGGUGAUUUCGAGACAGCACCAUCGAACGGCUUCCCGAGCGAGGCGAUAUCGGAUGGGCCCACCGAGAUUCCCAGCUGGAAAACCAAAGGCACAGUGGAGCUAGUGUCAUCUGGGGAAAAAGUGGGCGGUGGGAUGCUCCUCAUCGUGCCCCGAGGCAGGCACGCCGCUAGAUUGGGCAACGACGCGGAGAUCAGCCAGGAACUGUCGGUAGAGAAAGGGUCCACGUACGCAGUUACUUUCAGUGCGGCCCGCACGUGUGCGCAGUUGGAGUCGUUGAACGUGUCCGUGCCACCUGCAUCGCAGACGGUCGACCUCCAAACAUUGUACAACGUGCAAGGGUGGGACCCGUACUCGAUUUCUUUUGAGGCGGAGGACGAUAGAGCGCGGUUGAUUUUUAGGAACCCGGGCAUGGAAGAUGAUCCGGAAUGUGGGCCCAUCAUUGACGAUAUUGCCAUCAAGAAACUUGUUGCACCCGAUAAGCCCAAAGACAACGCAGUAGUUAAUAGUGGCUUUGAAUUUGGCCCCUGGAUGUUCCCAAAUGUAUCUCUCGGUGUCCUGCUCCCAACCAACCUUGACGAGGAGACAUCCCCAUUACCGGGAUGGAUGGUCGAAUCAAACAGGGCGGUUCGAUACAUUGACUCCAACCAUUAUGCAGUCCCAGAAGGCAAACGUGCCGUUGAGUUGGUCUCAGGCAAGGAAGGCAUCAUUUCUCAGAUGGUCGAAACCACACCAGACAAGCUAUAUAGCUUGACCUUUUCUUUGGGCCAUGCUAGGGACAAAUGCAAGGAACCACUUGCAGUUAUGGCCUUCGCCGGAGAUCAGGCGCAAAAUUUUCACUACACGCCUGACUCCAACUCCACCUUUCAAGUUGCUAGUGUCAACUUCACAGCCAAGGCAGAAAGGACACGUAUCGCGUUCUACAGUGUGUAUUACAAUACAAGAACCGAUGACAUGAGUUCACUUUGUGGUCCUGUAGUGGACGACGUUCGGGUGUGGUUCUCAGGGUCCAGAAGAAACGAGGUCGGAGUAUUGUUGGGGCUGGGACUUGCUUUUUGGGCUUUCCUUCUGCUUUUGGUUUAGGGUUGGGUUACGUAGGUAAAGGGUUAAAGUUAUGCGUCCUAUAUGUAAGGUUUUCUGGCAUGGUAAUUGCUAGCAAAAGCAAAAUAUCCCACGUUUCUAUUGUAAUUUGUAUGUGAUCUUCCUUCCGAGUUUUGCUUUGAGAAAUGAGAAUGGCUUAAGUUGCAUUUUCAGA